UCACUGUGAAAUGUAAAUGAAGUUAAUGGAAGGCAAGGACAGGGAAAGCUACGGUUUGCUGCCAGGGAAGAGGCAGAUGAGAGACAAGAUGGUGACAAUGUGAUUUAAGUGCUGGAUGCGAAAUCCCAGACCGGACAAGACUGAGAUGGAAAUGGAUGGUGGUUCCAAGCACAGAUAUUGGUGGCUCACUCCAGCAUUUUCUACUAUGCCCCCCUCCUCACUUGGUUCACAAGCCACUUAAGGUGAGAUGUCAGACAAGCUAAGCAGAUGCCGUAAGGAGCUCGCUGCAGCUAUUGAUCGAGCAAUGGAAGAUCUAUCUAUACCUUCUCCAGAUUCCACUGUUGACGAGGAUUUGCCCUCAACAUCAUCUAAUGAAGAUCUCUUAAAUGACAAGGGAGAAACUACCCCUCUCAAUUCAUGUUACCCUCAUCCAUCUGUACCAGACUCUCCUGCUCCUGAAAAAGAGAAUCCUCUCCUCAAGCCAAAUCUCAUUCCAGAGACCGUGGUCUCCAGUAUUCCAUGUACAAAGCGGGAACCACUGACGAGCAAGGAAAACACGUUGUGGCACCCCCCAGUCUUUGUGGCUGACAGUCAUUUUUUUAUCAGCUUGGAAGACAAUGAGAGGAAAAAAGACCAUUUAAGCAAAACUGAUGACAGGUCCAUGAAGUCAGAAACAAACAUAACUGCCAGUGAUGCUUCUCCAGAGAAUCUGAAAUAUCUUGCUGAUGAGAGCGAAGAUUAUCCAGUUCUUUGGCCGGCAGAAAUGACGCAACAGAAGUCUAUUCUUGAGAAUGAACUACACGAAUUGUCUCAGCUCUCAAGUAUCCAGUUUUCUUUAGAGGAGUCAUCAUUCCUGGAUCUGGAUGUGAGUAAUUUCAGAAAGGUUUUGGAGCACAGCCCAGAGGAUGAAGCUAUUAUUGAAACCCUGCUGGAUAUGGAAGAGGAAUACAAACCGAACAGCUCCAACUUGCACCAGCUGUACUAAACAAGUUGGUGUAAGAUGUGAGCUAUCUUAAAUUUCUGAUUCAAUACUAACACUUUUGAACCAUGGAACAUUCACCUAACAAUUCUAUUGCAAAAUGCAUUAUUAAACUAAUUCAUUUUAUAAGACUGUGUCAAAUUCUGGGUGUUUUUCUCACAGAACAGUGAAUCCUAUAUAGAUUUGUCUGAGGAAAAAUGAAUUUAUCUUUUGAGACACAAUUUUUCCAUAAUGUGAUUUAGAUGGCCUGAGAUAUCACACCAAUGCUAGAGCCACGGAUUCCCAUAAAACAUAUGUCAAACAAUGGAGGUUUAUCUCCUAUACUAUGGAGUGGAGCCCAUAAAAGAUGAUUUUACCUUAAAAACUACUUAUGCAUGAACAUUCAUGAGGUUUAGGCACAAUAGUCAGAGGUAUUUUGGAACCAGACAGCCUGGAAUCUCUUAGGUCCUUGUGUCCCACAAUCCCAGAUACAAGAGUUGAAAGGAGCAGUGUGGUUUAAGCGUUUUUGGUACAGGAAGUUUGACAUGCAUGCAACUUGACUUCAGACACAAAAACUGAUUGUAAUGAGUUAGGAGAAAACAGCUAUAUGAAUGCGUAUUUUUUCUGGAUGUAUUGCUAUAACAUUCUUUUCAAAUGUAAAUUAAUUAGGAAUAGAUUAGACACUAAAUUAUCUAGUCUCCUCCUUGGUUUACAUGUGUUUGCUAUUACUAUGGUUGUGACUUUAUGGUUGUAUCUGUAACCACAGAAGAAAAUAAUUUGAAUAUUGUCAAACACUUGAUGCUUAAGAUACUUGGAGAGGCAGAGGCCCCCUCACCCCAGGGAAUAGACCAGCUGUAGAACAAGGAUAGUAGGUACACUAAAUAGAUACAGCAGAUCCAGAGGGUCAAAACGGGCAUUCCCACAAUGUUUUAAUUGUGGUUUCUUGGUGUGCUUUGCAAGGAGAUGGGACAUAAGGAAAGCAUUAUUUUGUUGACCUGUUUCCUCUGAAAUAGCAACUUAAGUUCUGUUACAACUAGAGCAUGUUCAAUGAUGAUAACACUGGUUAAGAUGCAAGAAGCUGCAAGCUCUGUUAUUUAUAUUUGUGAUGGGGAACUUGGAACCCCUGGUUUAAUUUAUGCCACACUUGGAGAAGUUGAAUAUCAUAGACCUGUCCAAUGCUGUAAAUUCUACUAAUUUUUGCUCUGCCUGCCAUUAAUUGGGAACGCUGAUUGGCUUUCCCCAAAAGCCAGAAACACCUAAUAGGAAAAAUGUCCCCGCUCCCAGAACUACAGAAAGGCCAUUUUUUUUGUAUUUUCAAAGUUAAUUUAUAAGAGAAAUAGUUUGUAGGGGCAGCACGAGCCACUAAAAAUACACAUUCAAAACUGAAGUUAACAUAACUACUCAGUGAAUAUUCAAAAUAGUAGAGGUUGCUACUUUCUUCCACCUGCUUGCUAAAAAGUAUGAUCGGAUAUAAAUAUGUUUACAGUUGAAUUGCUUUAUGCAUUAUAUAUUAAAAAAGUGAAUACACCAUCACUUCUAAAGAGCAUCCCGAGUUUAUUUAUCAUGAUCAGGGAACAGACAAUUAGAUGUACCCAUCUCCCAGAACUCCAGAGACAUGACAAUAGAAAAAAAUACUUCUGUUGCUAUUCACACCUUUGCAGAGGUGGCUUUUGCUGUCUUUAGGGAGGAAUCAAUUCUGCUGAGAGUCAAAUUGUAGUGCUGCGUAGGAAGGUUCCUACUGUGCAAACCCAGAGUGCACAAAAGUUAAAACUCAGUAGAAGUGAGGUACUUGUCUUAUAAGCCAAAAACAUGCAAACCACCUGAUGCUUACUAAUGUAAAUUGACCCACUAAUAUACGCUUUAUCUUCAUAAUGCAAAGU